CUUCUCUUCUUCUUUUCUAGUUGUCGUACUUGUCUGGGCACCACGACACGGCAUGGAAUAUCCUCCGGCUUGUCCCCCGUCGAUCGCUAAGUGGACGCACAGAGGCUGGGGACGGUCGGCACAUCCGACGCAUGGUGCCCACACUGUACGUAACGGCUUGCGAUGAAAAGCUGCAGGAUGAGAGGAACACCUCUCACAUAUCAUAUACCUGCAUGGCCCCCCUUUUUACCCACACCGCAUCCUUCUACACAGCAUGCAUGCAGAGGAAAGAGAAGGAGAGGGGAAUAGACAAGAAUCCCUACCACGUCGUCAAUUCACGACGCCUCACGACGACUCCUUGGAGACCCCGACAGGCCAACUCCGUUACCCCAAAAAGAUUCAUCCCCCUUCCCCUCAAUGGCCCACAGUCCAGACUUUUCCUUUGGAGAAGAAAAAGAAAAGGAGAGGGAGAGAGAGAGAGAGAGAGAGAGAGAGAGAGAGAGAGAGAGAGAGAGAGAGAGAGAGAGAGAGAGAGAGAGAGAGAGAGAGAGAGAGAGAGAGAGAGAUUGGUAGUAAAAUCUGAAAUGGGUUCCGCGCGUUGAUAACACGCUGUAUCUCCGUCUCAUAGGAUGCGCAAGGAGCAAGCUCGUUGAAUGUGGCUUUGCAGAUGGGAUAAUUAGCCCCUAACCUCUUCGGCCGCCUUCUGGGCUG